AUGGAGUGAGUUUUUUUGAGAAUUGGACGUUGUCCAAUAGUCAAACAGUUGAUAAGCGAUUAUUUUUGCAACUGGACACUUUGCAACCGCUUCUAUAGCGGAGUGGAGUCAGUUUUUAGUCAAAAACGCAAUAUAUCUCGGUUCACGGUAGAGAUAUCAAAAAGUUGUCAACAGAUAAAAUGUUCACAAUUUUCUCCUGUACAUUUUAUUACUUGACACCUUCUUGAUAUCUCUACCGACAGCCGACUCAAAUUGCUUUGAAUGGACAAUAUUGCUUUGCUCGGCGAAACGAAUCGCAUUAUGUUACAGUAGCCGUGAAAACGAUACGUUAAUGUCGAGUAAUUCGAGAGCCGACUCUUCCGAACGAAACGAACCGCCGAACAAGCCGAAAACGGUGACAAUCUCGUCGAAACGGUUUCACCUGACCAUCAUUUCGCUCGUCGUCAUCAUUGUUGCACUCGUCGGAGCCGUCAUCACCUUGGGAUUCAUCAUUGGCACCGCCGGAGGUGAGAAACUGGUGAAAUCGGUUUAAAAGUAAGACAAAAAACCGCCCAAAUAGGCAAUAAAAUGAGUUAGAGAAACGAUAAAACCCAAACGCAAAAUUGCACCGGAAUUUUCCAUUUUUUUCCAGAAAAAACGAGGUCUACUGAUGUUUGCACAAGCUGGCAAUGUUUUGGAGUUGUGGCAGAACUGGUACGUCGCAUUUAUACACUUUUACUUGAUACUUGAAGUCCGUUGGUUCUAGCUAAUAAAGCUGCGGACAAGCUCUCCUCAUUGA